ACCUUGCUAUCGGCGCUUUGCAAACUCGCAGGCUAAGCUAACUUAAUUGAAGCUUUUGAACCGAAACAUUCUCCAAAUGCGAUCACUUUCCGAACACUGAUCAAACACUUAUACCGCAAGACAAUAUUAUCUACACAUCCUAAUUUGUAUUUUCUUCGACUUGAUUGAUUUUGAAAUGAGCAUGCAUGUGCACGCGACCCCAGCUCGUUCACCUCCCAAUACCUGAACGGCGGCAAGAUCAAAGGGCCUGGCGCGUUGGCCAGGUAAAACUGAGUUAGAGUCUUAAAGCGUCUGUACGAGGAGCAGGCGAGCGGAGGGGAGGAGAUCACCAAUCUCGUACAGGGAUGGAGGCCUAUUCAAACUUGGUGGUGUUAUUCGUUGCUAUGGCGACAUGGUGUUCGAUGUCGUCAUCUGAUGACAUCAGACUUCCGGUUCCGUGCACAGACUUAGUCCCCCUGGAUCUCCUGAAAGAGGCUGUUCCAACACUUGAUCACAUCCCCCCUGGUGUCAGUGUAGUGUACGUCGCGAGCAGCCACACCCACGCAUUCCAGUUCACGACUGAAGCCAACCGACUGGAAUUCAAAGCCAACAAGAUUUUUAAACGAUGUGAAUAUUUUCCCGAGGAGUUUUCAAUAUUUAUCGUGCUAAAACAUACACAGAGACGGAAAAGACAGGAAUGUUUGUUUUCCCUCGUGGAUGACAGAACAAACAAAAUUAUUAUAUCAGUGAAACUCACGAAAGUUGCAAUAGUGUUUCAAUAUGAUGACAAAACGUUUCGUUUUAAAACGAACAUAUUCUCAGGUGAUAAAUGGCACACACUUGGAUUCAGCAUGGCGGGUGAUACUGUCGUCAUGACAACGGAUUGCAGGAACCGGCGUCAAAGACAGGUGCGCCGGGCGUUCCCAGAAUUCCUUCCAAUGACAAACACUUCCUUCAUUAUUGGUGGAUGUAAACGAAAAAGGACACUUUUUCAAGGCUACCUCAAAGACUUGAUCCUCGUCCCCGGGGCUGACGCCGUGGCCAAAGUGUGUCCCCCCAAACGACACCGCAGGAUGGACAACACAGUAACGACGUUCCCACACGCAUACGAACAGUCGCCAUUUUGGCCCCAGAGGGUGCAGUGCUCGUGGAGUGACGUUGGCAACCUCGCUUUCGAUGUAUAUUCUGACAAGGUCAAGGUCUGUGUCAAUGGAAUAUGGAAGGAAGUGAACAUUCAAACGGGUAAGAAGAAGCUGGAUUACUUUGAGGCCUACCACGACGUUCAGACGCCGGCCGCUUCCAUCGACGUGGAGGUGUUCACGCUACUGGGGGAGGGGCUGUUCGCCGUGUUCGCCGGGCAGGCGGGGGAGGGGGACUCUGCGUUGUUCAAGUGGGUGGAGAAUCAGUUCACCUUCUACCAGAAGCUGGAGACUGAGGCGGCACAGAGUUGGUGCCACUUCACUAUCAAGAAUCAAUUUUUCCUUGCAGUAGCCAAUUACGGCAGUUCCCCCGACCAGGCGUCCAACUCCACCGUGUACCGCUGGCACAAGAAGAGGAAGAAGUUUAAGCCGUACCAGACCUUCGUCACGUGGACGGCACGCGACUUUGAAUACUUUAAGAUUGACGGCCAACACUACCUCGCCGUCGCUAACCACGCACAAGGCGACAACACCAUGGUCGACUCUGUCAUCUACAAGUGGGACUUCAGUCAACGUAAUUUCACAGAGUUCCAGUCAAUUAUGACGGUCGGGGCUUACGACUGGACGCAUUUCGUUGUCAACGACUUCCACUUCAUCGCUAUCGCCAACGCCUUCAACGGCCUCACCACCCUCAUCGACUCUGUCAUCUACUUUUGGCAAAACGACCGCUUCGUUCAGUUCCAGACGAUGGAGACUAACGGUGCCACAGACUGGGAGUUCUUCAGCAUCGACGGCGACCACUUCCUGGCUGUAGCCAACGCUUACAACUACGGUCCCCAGAACUACAAAGACGUGGAUACAUUCUACACUAACUCCACCAUCUACAAACUAAACAGGCAGAAGAGAGUGUUCGAGAAGUUCCAGAUAGUCCCCACAUACAGUGCAAUAGACUGGGAGUAUGUCCGGGUGGGCGGCGACCAUUUCUUGGUGGUGUCUAACGCCCAGAACGGGGGCGAGGGCGAGGAGUUGGCGAGCGUGGUGUACAGAUGGCAGGGGCUGGACAGAUUCGUCCCCGUACACAGGCUGAAGACGCUGCCGUCGGCCGACUGGGAGACGUUCACCCAGGGGGAGGACAUCUAUCUCAUAUACGCUAAUGCAAAGGAAUCUACCUCACAGAUCAUCAAGGCCAAGUUCACGUAGUCAUGAAUAUUCAUGAACAGAAGUAUCAAAACAAGAGCAACUGUACUGCGACUCAUUUGCUGGAAGGGUCAAAGUGACUAAGAGUUACGCUGCAACUGAUUUACAAAUAACUCAAACUGCGUCACAUUCCAUUCUUCAAGUUCUACAUGUCAACUAUUCGUUACAAUAAUUGUUCACCACACAAACUGAUCACCACAUAAACUGUUCGACACAUCAACCGUUCACCACAUGAACUGAUCAUCCCAUAAUCUGCUCACCACAUAAGCUGUUUGACACAUAAACUGUUCACCACAUAAUCUGUUCGACACAUCAACUGAUAACCACAUUAGCUGUUCGACACAUGAACUGUUCGACACAUAAACUUAUCUCCUCAUGAACUGUUCGACACAUAAACUUAUCUCCUCAUGAACUGAUCACCACAUGAGCUGUUCGACACAUAAACUGUUCACCACAUAAUCUGUUCGACACAUCAACUGAUAACCACAUUAGCUGUUCGACACAUCAACUGUUCGACACAUAAACGUAUCUCCUCAUGAACUGAUCACCACAUUAGCUGUUCGACAAAUAUACUGUUUAACGCAUAAACUGUUCACCACAUAACCUGAUAUCAACAUAAGCUGUUGGACAAAUAAACUGUUCGACACAUCAACUGUUCACCACUUAACUAUACGACGCAUAAACUGUUCACCUCAUUACCUGAUCACCACAUAAGCUGUUCACAACAUCAACUGUUCGACACAUAAACUAUUCACUACAUAAACUGUUCGACACAUAAACUGUUCACCACAUAAACUUUCGACAAAUAAGCUGUUCACCACAUCAAUUGUUCGAAACAUCACAUAAACUGAUCACCACAUGAACUGAUCACCACAUAAGCUGUUCGACACAUCAACUGUUCUACAGUUAACUUAUCACCACAUUAGCUGUUCGAAAAAUAAGCUGUUCACCACAUCAGUUGUUCGACACAUCACAUAAACUGAUCACCACAUGAACUGAUCACCACAUAAGCUGUUCGACACAUCAACUGUUCGACACAUUAACUGAUCACCACAUAAACUGAUCACCAUAUAGGCUGUUCGACACAUCAACUGUUCAAUGCAUUAACCUUUCCUAUUAUCAAGUGCCCGUUGUAUAGACGGUUCAACGUAUCAAUAGUUCUAUGUUUGAACUGCCAAAUGCCUCAACUGUGCGCUGCAUCAACAAUGCCCCACUGCAUCAACUGUGCGCUGCAUCAACAAUGCCCCGCUGCAUCAACUGUGCGCUGCAUCAACAAUGCCCCGCUGCAUCAACUGUGCGCUGCAUCAACAAUGCCCCGCUGCAUCAACUGUGCGCUGCAUCAACAAUGCCCCGCUGCAUCAUCUGUGCGCUGCAUCAACCAUGCCCCGCUGCAUCAACUGUGCGCUGCAUCAACAAUGCCCCGCUGCAUCAACUAUGACCCGCUGCAUCAACCAUGCCCCGCUGCAUCAACUGUGCGCUGCAUCAACCAUGCCCCGCCGCAUCGUGUGGCAUUGUGACCAUUGCAAUUCCAACACAGCGUGCACAUGUAUCCCGUUGUUGAAACAAAGACAGUCGCCAACCUCCCUUGUUGAGGCUAGAGAUGCUAGAACAGAGAAAUACACAUUCCAACUGUGACAUAACACUAUGUAUAUGAUAUCAUGUGAUAUAUAUUUCAAUGUUAUCUGUUUAAUAUAUCCUCCUCGGAUCUAGUGCUGAUAAUCAUGUUAUUCACGGCGUAAUGCUAUCGUGACGUUUACACUUUAUUCUAUAUGUUUAUUUAUGUUUCCCCCUACCUUGUACCGAGUGGGGGGGAAUGUGUGGCAUAUACAGUCCACUGUCUCUACGGUCAGUGUCAGACAAGUCUCUCCUACUGUUCAUGGCGUCCCCAGUUUAUACGUCCCCAUAGAAUGACCUGUUAUUUAUGACACGGGCGUAUCACGCCUGUCCUUUGAUUGAUGUUGAUUGUCUGUAUGUGUAUCUGUGUAGUAAGUAAAUAAAGAAAGAUUGUGUGAUU